ACGUUGCGUGACGCGCGUGGCGUGCAGCUUUCGCUCUACCGUACGGCGGCCGAUGUGUCUGUAUCCACGGCUGCUCGCGUGUUUCCACUGGUGGGGGUAACACGGGGCGGCGCCUAACCAGUCAUGGGCGUCGUUCCAAGUUGGAACUACUUUCACAUGGCGUAGGAAUUUUCGUGCUGUACCGGCGUGGUACUCGUGACGAAUUCAAUUCUGAUUGGUCCUUAAGCAUAACCUCCUCCCUUGGCACCCUGUUUUCUUCCCCCUCCUCCUCACCUUUACAGCGACGCGGGCUAACACUUCUCAUCUCCCUCUUAGCUGCCGCAAUUUUGCGUCUUACUCUCUCUUCUUAUUUCUCUUUUCCUAGUCUCCCUCUUUCUCUUUCUCUUUACCUUUGAUAGUACUCUUACUCCCUACGUAGCAACCGUGUGUUUUCGUCUCUUUUCGUUACUCGUUUAUCCGCCGAUUCUGAGCAUUUCUUUUUCCUCUCUCUCUUCUCUAUCCUUUUUCGGUUCUCCUUAACUUCUUCCGGUCUCGUCGGCCGUCUUAUCUAGUUUAGUAGCGGCUUGAAUGCAAUGCAGCAAAGCCAAGUAGCGAGAGUAUACGAAUUUAAUCUCGCGGCACAUCGUUGAGUUACUCGAACAGUCGACAGGGGGCGCUAUGUAGUUUAAUCGGCAGAAAGAAAGAGAGAGAAAGAGAGAGAGAAGAGAAUCGGUGGAAGAGAGUACGGAAGAGACGAGACGAGACGCGUCGCGUCGUCGAGAGGUGGAGCGAGACGGAUCGAGAGGGUGAGUGGCAAGCGUGGAGGGGGCGUAUUGUGCGGGGGAGGGGGAACCGAGUGACGACGGAGCAAGCGAGAGAAGUCGGUUAUCGCNGAGAGGGGGACGCCGCGUGAAAGACAAGGAGGAAAAGCAGCGCGCGUUCCUCGUCGCCACGUAGAGGCACACCGCACCGUGGAAGAGUGUGUGCGCGCGAGUGAGACCGUGGCCGUUCAAAGGAAGAGAGGGAAUGAUAGUGGAAAAGAGAAAGAGGAGAAACGAUGGCUGGUGGAAGAGAGAAAGAGUGAUAGGGAGGGAGCGACAGAGAGAGAGACGGGAAAGUCAUCAGUGGAAGGAAGAGAGGCCGAUGGUGAAAGAGAGAGAGGAAAGGAGACGAACGAGCGAGUAAGAGACAGAGGACGGUACAGAGUGGCGGUACACGGGGCGCGAGAAAAGCGGUAGUGUGCCGUGGACCACCGCACUGGCAUACCGUGGUUCGUUACGAUCCCCUUCGUACGUCGCUUCGUACCGAACCUCGCAGUCAUCAGCGAAGUCACAUUUCGGCUAGUGCUAGUGCAGUGCGGACAGAGUCGGAGCGGUUGCUUCGGUCCUUUUAAAAAAGUACGACCGAGUUUCCGAGACGAGACGCACGAGGCCCCGGGCCUAGUGACCGAUUCAGAAAAUCAUAUCACACGAUAUCAUAUCGAUAUACGAGAUAGAGGAGAGAAACAGAGAGAGGUGUUCCGCGAGGGAGAGAUCGUCGCGUGCCGGCCGACCAAACGUCGACGGGCGCGCACGCGGUAGAGACCCAUAGCCAGUUUUAUAGCCCGUCUUAUUACCCCGGUUUAUUGCGUCGUAACGGUUUAACGAUCAUCGCCCGUUUCCACCACCUAGACCGCCGGUUUACAUUCUUACCGGUAGCGGUAACCAUAACAAGCUCAUAAAAGCCCCCGCCGCUGCCAUGAGUCCCAUUCGGAAUUAUACUCGUACGGCCUAUUGACAUUGACACUCUUGGGUGCAACCGCUUAUACCUACCGAUGACUUUUAUGACCUCUUAAAACGGUUUAAUGCCUGUUUGCUUGUCCCUUGUCGACGCUGUCACCUGUCGCCACCCGCGUCAAACAGCGUAUCGGUGUUUGGACGCGACGCGCCUACCUCUCGCUUUUUGGCGCCAACUACUACCGGAACACGAACUCGGAACUAUCACGACCAAUUCGAUAUUCUUCGUCUUCCGUGGGGCGAAUAGUGGAUCUUAAACGGUGAACGGACCUUUUUAAUACAUUCGGAAAACGCGACGAGAAAUAUCGCGCAGAGCAUGGACUCUAAUAUUGUUCGCAAUUAAAAAAAAACUUAUUUCUCCAUUCUCUCCGUCCUCUCGACAAUUACGAAGAAAAAAUAGACGAGAACAAUAUACAACGAGAAUUGUUUGAACGAGGCCUUUCAUAAUUCGCCUCCCCGAUCGCGAGUUCGCCGUUAUAUUUUUUAUUGUUUCUCGAGUGGCGGUGUUUCAGUGCAAGUGAUUCAAAAUACCCGGGAUAAUGAACUCGUAUUUUGAGCAGACUGCGGGUGGCUUCUACGGAAGUCACCACCAUCAGACAGGAGCCGCCAGUCAACAUCAUGAUCCAGCCACAGCAGCUGCCUAUCGAAGUUUCCCUCUCGGCCUGGGUAUGUCACCUUACGCAUCCACUCAACAUCAUCAUCACACCUCUUCGUCAUUGGGCAUACAUCCGGGCGGAGGAACGAACACGAGACCACCUCAAGAUUCACCGUACGACGCGAGCGUCGCGACGGCUUGCAAACUUUAUUCAACAACACCCGAGGCAACUGGACACACUACAUCCUCAUAUUCGACCACAGCGACCAAGGACUGUAAGCAACAAGAUCAAGCAUCGGCGCAUCAGAAUGGUUACGCUGCAGUGAUGGCAGCUGCGGCCGUCAAGGACGUUUGGCAGUCAGCGACCUCGGGAGCGAACAGUCAGAGCAAUUCGGUGGUUCGUCCAUCAGCGUGCACUCCAGAAGGAACGAGAGUUGGUAGCUACGGUGGUCUCGUAGGCGGCGAUCCAGCAUCGAGUCCUGGUAACAACAGUUCCUCGAGGUCCCUCACGUCGUCCUGGAACACCUGCAGUUUGAACUCGUCCGCGAGCCAACCGGUUGCCACGCAACUACAUCAGCAACCCACCAACCAUACGUUCUACCCCUGGAUGGCUAUAGCAGGUAAGGAAGAUAUUGCUAAGCCACAUUGGACAUGGUUGCAAGGUAAGAUCGUAAACUAUCGACGAACGAAGAUGCGAACGUUGUCGCGGUAUGAGAGCGAACGGAAUGCGCAGGCGCGGCCGCCAGACCUACACGCGCUACCAGACGCUCGAACUGGAGAAGGAAUUCCACACGAACCACUACCUCACCAGGCGGAGGCGGAUCGAGAUGGCACACUCGCUCUGCCUGACGGAACGGCAGAUCAAGAUCUGGUUCCAGAAUCGGCGGAUGAAGCUGAAGAAGGAGAUACAGGCGAUCAAGGAGCUGAACGAACAGGAGAAACAGGCGCAGGCGCAGAAGGCAGCGGCAGCAGCGGCCGCGGCUGCGCAUCAGCAGCAAGCGGCCGGUGGGGGACCGGAGGGGGCCAACUAGGGGUACGCCCUGCACCGGAGCCCCCCUGACCACCCCACCACCAAUCCACACCACCCUCUGCUAGCACCGCAAUGUACACAGCUAUAUUAAAG